UCUCAAGACAAGGCCGGAGCGCACUCUCUUUACAACAAAACCACAUUCAACCUUUAGUUUAGUCUUCGACAGCGUAACGAUGGCCCCCAAGAGCAAGAAGACCGGUGACACCAUCAACUCGCGCCUGGCGCUUGUUAUGAAGUCCGGAAAGGUCACCCUCGGCUACAAGUCUACCAUCAAGACCCUCCGCUCCGGCAAGGCCAAGCUGGUCAUCAUCGCUGCUAACACUCCUCCCCUCCGCAAGAGUGAGCUCGAGUACUACGCCAUGCUUGCCAAGACCCCCGUUCACCACUUCUCUGGUAACAACAUCGAGCUUGGUACUGCUUGCGGUAAGCUCUUCCGCACUAGCACCAUGACCAUCCUCGACGCUGGUGACUCCGACAUCCUCUCCAGCCAGUAGGUGUUAGGAUCGUGC